AGUAUUUAAGCCACCAUCACCGAGAUAGGAAGCAUCAAGUCCACUUGAAUCUUCAUACCUCAUAAUUUACAGUUCAGUGAAUAAUGAAUAGCAUCAGUGUUUCGGCAGUCAUCGCCAUUUUGGCGAUAAACGUAUCAUUCGUUGUUGGUUGGGGUUACCGCGCCUCCGAUCAACGUCGAUGGGCGGUAUUGCAUCCCGCGUGCGGUGGCCGCCAGCAAUCCCCCAUAGCUAUCUCAGCGCGACAGGCUAUUCCAAUCUCCAUUCCUGCGAUGGAACUUAUUGGCUACCAGAACCCACUACCUGGACCACUCACUAUAACAAACAAUGGCCACUCCGUUGCAUUAACAAUUCCGAAAUACAGCUCGGAAGAAGAAAAGAAGGGAUUCAGACUGCCUUACAUAUUCGGCGGGCCUCUAGAUAACGAGUAUGAAAUCGAAGGUCUUCAUUUCCACUGGGGAGACAAGAACAACAGAGGAUCUGAGCACACUCUUAAUGACAUGCGUCUGCCCUUGGAAAUGCACAUCAUUCACAGGAACAAGAAAUACAGAAACUUGGCCGAGGCUCUUCAGCACCCUGAUGGACUUUGCGUGCUUGCUUUCUUCUAUCAGGUUGUCGAAUUCGACGCUAAGCUGUUGACGCCCAUUGUGAAGAAUCUGUCAGCCAUUGAAAACUACAACACCAGCAUGCAGUUGCCCCACACAUUUUCCCUGUCUUCUAUUCUCUCUGGACUGGACACUGAGCGUUUCUACACCUACAAGGGAUCCCUCACCACCCCACCUUGCGCCGAAGCAGUGACAUGGGUUGUCUUCUCCGACUAUCUGCCAAUCUCAGUCUUCCAGAUGGACAACUUCCGUGGCCUCCUCUCCAACCUGAACCUGCCGCUCGUGGACAACUUCAGACAGCUGCAGCCACUCUUCGGUCGCAGAAUUUUCGUACGCAUCACCUCCAAAAAUCCCAAAUUCAAGAAGACCAAGCUUCACUACUCCAAGUGGGACUGGGUUGGUCACAAGAAGGCCGAAAAUGACGUUGCCGAAUUCGACGAAUAAAUCGAUCAGACCACCGCUAUUUUAGAUAUAGAUACUAAUCUCUAGACUACGGGUAUUCAUUAAUAAAACUAAUUUAACGACACCAAAUACUAGCGAUUGUUAUUGGUAUUUUUUUUUUAACUCAUAAUGGUUGUACACUGUAUAAUAUUAUUUGUAUAUAUUGUGUUAAUAGUAUUAAGCAUUACAUGUAAGUUUGUUUGUUAAAUGUAUUCG